AUGAAUACCUACCAACUUUUCGGAGAUCUGGACGAUGUUUUUGCCAUACAAAAAAAAACGGUGCGCAUUGACACGGUGUACACAAUGCAAGGUGUUGAUGUAAUACUGUUGGCCGAAGCUGCCAAGAUUCGCACCAUUCGCCAUCAGGGCGUCAUCGGGUUCAGUCUUCGAGUCGCUCUGUUGUUCGAAAUCGAUCGAAUGGGGAAAACGUGGACCUGUCAGCUCAGAUUCCAUAAGACUGCGCACGCUGACCAGGCUGAAAAAUAUCCUCCUCACGCGACCGCAAACGUCACAAAAAAAAUCAGCAGAGUUAAUUACGAU